CACACCUUUCUGCUUUUUCAUUGAUAUUCCCUAGGAAGCAGUAAAACCGACUUUGGCCCCCAACUCACUUCUUUUAAUAAGGAGGUUUUCACUCUCAUUGGUUGGGAUCCUCGUGGAUAUGGGUGCUCCAUCCCACCUACCCGUGACUACCCACCAGACUUUUUUGAGAGGGAUGCAAAGGAUGCUGUAGAUUUGAUGAAGGUAAAUACUUAAAAUCUUAGUCAAGUAUUAUUAACAGGGAGCAGUAAUGAAAAUGGAACACCACGUCUAUGGGCAGUUUUUACACGUUGUUUCACAAACAUAUUCAAAGUGAUGUUUUUGAAAGAACAUUCUGAAUGACCGCAAAUAAUUGCACUUUUUACUAACCAGAAUUCUCCAUAUUACAACAGGAGCUAAAACUGCUACAAAUUGGUCAGUGCCAGCAACUGGAAUGAGACUUAGCUCCAAAUAAUUGUAAAUAUGCACUUUAAGAAAUGUCCAUUUUCUUUGGGGAUGCAGGGAAAGACGAAUUAUAUUUGCCUAAACUUCUUCCUGCUGUCCUCUUCAGCUUCCGUGGUUCAACACUGAAGUGUAUAGAGAAUCCUCCACAGAGAGAGUGUUUUCCCCCUCCACUGUCACUAGAAUCAGCUGGGGGAAUUUGGGCCAAACCGGCAUCCAACUAAAUGUCAGGUGUCCAGAAACCUUUUCUAUCUUCCAAAAAAAAACAUUAUUCGUCUGAAAUAAAAUGUCUUGGCAUGCACAUGUCUUUUAGGCACUGACUACAAGUGUGCUCACUGAGUAUAGAUAGAUUGUUAGCUCUAUAUUUAGGAGUUUAUCCUGGAGAUACUUUGUGUCUAACUUUUUCUGCUAGCCUAUAUUAAUCACUAUUGAAGAACAUAUUUAAUGGCAUUUAUUUUGCGUAUGUCUUCUGAAAAGACUUAUAGACUGGGUUAGGGAAUUCCAUAAAAACAUUGCAUCCCUAUUGAAGUCUUGCAAACUGGGGGUCGCUUUUAAGCAAUUGGAGACCACAAUAAAUAAUGUGAAAACUUACUGCAUUUCAUUUUGGUUACUGUGGCAGACUCUGUGGACGUAUUUAAUGUGCUCCUCAUAUUUCUUGUAAAUUGACAGAAUCAGCGGGCGUUCCACAUUGUUAAACAAUGUGCAUGUCUGCAGCCUCAAGGUCCUGAUGACUUUUCUAGUUCAGUGAUCUGCUGUCUGCUGCAUUUGGCUGGCGGCCAUCUAAAGUCAAAUAUAAUCUCUGUGUUUGGAUAUAAUGCUAGAAAAACUUGAAGAUUCAGACACUAAUUGUGGGCCACAGAAUGUGCUAGAUUUUCUUCUGUGAUAUAAUUGUUUCUUUUUACCUAAGGUUACAGUUGUUUCCCUUCCUUAACGGUUUAUCUUGCAGUCAUUUUUUUGUGAAUGUUGAAAAACAUUACUCUCUCCUCUUUUUUUAUAAAGCUUACUUGUCCCAUUGUAUGGAACCUUAACAAGUUAUGGUGUUUAUGAUUUUAAUGAAAGGAACAUUUUAUUUAUUUUAAGCCAGGAUUAUGUUCUAAGUCUUUGUGUGUGUUUGUGUUUGUGUACAUACUCUGAUACAGACUAGAAUGCAGUAACAAGUUAUUUUCACUUCAUUCAUUUGUCUCUUUAUCUCUUUAUUACAUUAACAAGUGUAUUUAAUAAAGUCUGACUUGGGCAAAGUCACCCAGUUGUGCACAGGGCCAAUCAGGCUGCGAAAUUUGGACAUUGUUCAGAAUAUUUAACAAUGUCUGGAUUUUGUUUUUCUGGCCAAAAAAGCCAGAAAUGUGUGUGGAUUUCAGCUUGACCGAAUACGGAUGGACAGCUGAGGUCCGAGUCCCAGAUAGUUAGAUUCCAGGAAUGAAUGCUUAAAUGCCUAGCAGGCAGCAGGAAAUUUUUUUUACUUAUCUGGGUCAAUAUGACUUUUCUAACUUUAGUGAGCUUAAAAACCUCCCAUGUGCCCCACCUGCCAUACUGUGGGUGGGGGCCUCUGCUCGCUGUAACUAAACCUAGUGCUUUACGGAGAGGGGGUAUAUUUCAGGUUGCAAACCUCACUGUAGUUGGGUCGAGGUCAACGUGAGUAAUGAUUAUACUGGGUUUUCAAUAACAUCUUCCCACUGAAAUAGAGCAGAUACUGUAAUAUCUAAUGAUUAUAUAAUCUAGUGGGGGUACUAUACAUAUUAUAGCUGAUUAGUAUGUGACUUGUCCAGUGAUGCAGAAUAGAAUAUGCUUAUAGUAAUGUUGUAUUAUAAUAUCCCCUCAACCCCUGAAACUAAACAGCAUUCAUUUGGCAAUAGUUUUAAUGUAUGAAGAAUGAAUGCCCUGUCUGAAUGCAAAAGAGAGGAAAGUUAGAAAAACAUAAACCUUAGUAGCACGGCAUUUAUCAGUGCUCAAACUACCAGGAAACCAGAGACCAUGUUGUUGAUGUCAGUGAAAGCAGACAAGCACCACGGUUAGCAGAGGUUCUGACAUUCCAGUUCUUAAUAGUUUCAUAUGCUUUCUCAGCUGAUGUUAUUUGUAAAGAUCUGUUAUCCUUUGAUUUUUAUGUCAGUCGGUACUAAUAAUUUUAUUUUUGUGUGUGUUUUCAUAUCUCAUCAUUGGUAUUAUUUGUAUAUCUACUGUAGGCCCUCAAAUUCAAGAGGUUUUCUUUGUUGGGCUGGAGUGAUGGUGGCAUAACAGCACUAAUUGCAGCAGCCAGAUACCCAUCACUAAUCCAUAAACUUGUUGUCUGGGGAGCCAACGCCUAUGUGACGGAAGAGGACCUCCAGCUUUAUAAUGGUAAAAGUUGUGGUUCACCUACCAUCCUGUGUCAAUUAUACAAUACUGCCAAGUUCAGUUUUAAUGAAAUGUGUGGGGUUAUGUUUGUCAAUGUUUUUCCAGUUUGUGAGUAAUUUAUGACUGGCCUAUUUUUAUUUUUUUCUCUACUAUCCUUUCUUCCACGACCUUAAUGAAAGAUGAAUUUUCUUCAGGAAGUCCUUGUUGUAUUUUGACGAAAAGAGAGGGAUGGUUUUGCAUUUUUAAGUGGUUUCAAUACUGUCUCUGGUACAAGCCGUACAUUAAAUUGUAUCCCAACUAUGGCAAUGGUGCAUGGACAUAGGCAACCAGUGGCACUAAGGUCUCCAGGAUUGAUCGACACCAUGUGGUGCGGUGUAAAUGUUGCAAGCAUGGACAUUUGAUAAGCCAUAACCGCUUUUUCAGGGGGAUUUGUGGCGUCAGUAUACAACAAACCGUUGAAGGGAAGAACAUGUUUAAAGGGACACUAUAGUCACCAAAACAACUUUAGCUUAAUGAAGCCGUUUUGGUAUAUAGACCAUGGCCCUGCAGCCUCACUGCUCAAUUCUCUGCCAUUUAGGAGUUAAGACACUUUGUUUAUGAACCCUAGUCACACCUCCCUGCAUGUGACUUGCAUAGCCUUCCUAAACACUUCCUGUAAAGAGUCAUCUAAGGUUUAUCCUUCCUUUAUUGCAAGUUCUGUUAAAUUUAGAUUUUCAUAUCCCCUGCUAUAUUAAUAGCUUGCUAGACCCUGCAAGAGGCUCCUGCAUGUGAUUCAAGUUCAAUUUACAGAGCAAGAGAUACAAUUGUUUAAGGUAAAUUAUAUCUGAUUGAAAGUGAAACCCUUUUUUUUUUUUCAUGCAGGCUGUGCCAAUCCCAGCCAGGGCAGGUGUGGCAAGGGCUGCAGAAACAAAGUGAUUUAACUCCAAAAUGGCAGUGAAUUGAGCAGUAAAACCUGAGAGGCAUGAUCUAUACUAAAACUAAAACUGUUUCAUUAAGCUAUAGUGUUCCUUAAAUGGAAGCAUAAGGUGUGGAGCGCGAUCUUGGCAGUUAGUAUUGAUUGUGGAUCAUAAACAUGAUUUGCUAUAGAAGACCGAAUUAGUAGAAGCAUUAUUAUGAAUAGCACAUUACAGAGAUAAUCUGGGUGGAAAGGAGCAUUGAUGCACAGAAUGUGUGAAUGGAGACUGAAAUGAAGUGAGAAACGUGUUUUAUUUUUCUUAUUUAUUCUUGUUAUCCGAGCAUGUUGUGGGGGCUGGAAUGGCCUUGUAUAGAGGCUGAUGUAAUGAGGCACCGCUGAUGUUGAUGAUGGAAUAGAGAGGAAACAGGAAGCUAAUGUGCAUGGUGAUGUUAUCGAAAGGUAAGGAUAGGAAAAACAUGGAAAGCAAUAGGAAAUACCCUGAAGUGACUAGGUAAAACAAACAAAGAUUGUCUGUAUAAAAGAAGAGAAAUGAAAAUGUAUUUGGCGAUUUUGGAUCUAUUUGUAGAUUUAUUUUAUAUAUAGAUAUAGUGGUAAAACAUGACUUGUAUGUUUCACUUCAUUGUUAAAUGAGGGACCCAAGCAAGCUAGCUGCUUGUACAGUUGUGUUACCUACUCGGUCCAGCAUAUGGUCAAACAGUCCUACAUUGCAGAAGUUCAAUAUGGAUUACUAUAGCAUUUAAAGGUGAAGUGGUAUAUUCUCUCUUCUGCAUACACUGCAUCCGCUAGUAAAAACUGUUAUUUAGGGCUCUUGUGCUGUUGUACUUAUUUUUUUUACUUCAAUCACAAACAUAACUCUGAACCAGCCUAAAGGUAGAGACUUAAAGAGUAUUAGAUAUAUGCUGUCUCCCAUGGAUUUAUCUCUUAAAAAACCACAAAGCAUUGAAAGGGUUAACUGUACAAUCCGCAAGAGUCCCAAGUAAUUUUUACACUUUUAAUGCAAUUCCGUUGGCAAAACAGGCACCACCUAUAACAAAUGUAUUAUUUAAAUUGGCUGCGAACAUGAUCUACCUUUUUAAAAUAGUAGUUUUGAUAUCCUUCUGGGUUUUUUUCACAGCUGUUAAAGAUGUGUCAAACUGGAGUGAGGCGAUGAGAAAACCGAUGGAGGAUCUGUAUGGAAAGGAGUAUUUUGCCAAGACAUUCAAAGCGUGGGUUGAAGCAAUGAGUAAUAUUACCAGCAAACCUGAUGGUAAAUGUUAACACAUAAGAAUUAAAAUAAGUGUAAAUCAAUAGAGUGUUUGUUUGGCGUGGGGCUCUUGUAGUGCCUACAGCCCAGCCACUCAUAUUCCACUUAUCUUUACACUAAUGCAGAACAAGUGUAGCACGAAAGCAGUGAAUAGUGAUGCUGUUGAGGGGGAAUUAGGAGCUAAGUCUUGUAUAUUUCGAUUUUUAGGUGGUGAGAGGCCAUCCUGAAAGAAAUGCCAGAUAAGGUGUUUCUGUGGUUCUUCCAAAAUAUAACUUUUAGCCUAUUUGUUGCAUUUAGUAAAACCUGCAUUAUUGACUUUGAAUUUAAAUACAUAUAUUUGUGCAAUAAGGCUAUGGAGAUGAUAGUUAUUUAAGAGCUAUUGAACUGCAGAAAAUAUUAAUCACAAAUGAUAUAAUUGGUUUAUACAGCAGGUAAUAUUUGUCGUCAUUUGCUGCCCUUCAUUGAGUGUCCAACACUUAUCAUACAUGGAGAGAAAGAUAUGAUGGUCCCAUCUUUUCACCCCCAUUUUAUCCACCAGCAAAUUAAAGACUCCAGGUGA